UGUUGGGUAAGGUGAGUACUUUUCCAGCUCUUGCUGAAAACUGCCUUCAAUGAUCGUCAGCAGUGACAUAGUCGUGUUUUCUGCAACUUUGUCGACGGCGUGCUAAUCAACAUGCAGAACGACGCUGGUGAAUUUGUGGACCUCUACGUCCCUCGUAAAUGCUCUGCUAGCAACAGAAUCAUUGGAGCCAAGGACCAUGCUUCUGUCCAGAUCAACAUCGCUGAGGUGGACAAGGUCACUGGUCGCUUCAAUGGUCAGUUCAAGACCUACGCCAUCUGUGGCGCCAUCCGCAGGAUGGGAGAGUCUGAUGAUUCAAUCCUCAGGCUGGCAAAGAAUGAUGGAGUUGUUGCUAAGAACAUCUGAGUGAUCAACAUUUGUUCAAUAAAAUGUGACAUUCA